AUGACCCGGCAACCUCAAUGUUCUUAAUCAGACAUUAACCAUCUUUUACAAAUAAAAUCCAGGCAAAACAUCCAACCGUGCGUUGACAAGGGAACCUCCUAAAGACGACGCCGUAUCGAAAUGUCCCUGAAUCUGCAGCAUCUGAAACUCGAUUUUUCUCACUGCAUUAAGGUCACCUCAGCUUUCCAUUUCAAGAAGAACCCUUCUUAAAAGCUUGCAACUUUUGCAUUUAGAGUAAGAUUUGAUAGCAAAUUUUGGUGCUUUUGGCUUUUUGGAGAAUCAGAUUUGGAAUAGCUCAACUUCUGGAGCACCAAAUAAGGUAAUGCUUCUUCUGAGCUUAUAUAAGAAGCAGCUUCAUAAAGGUUGCAAUCGUUUAUUUUCCCUGAUAGAUACUUGAUAGUGACACUGAAAGUCUGAAUCUAUAUCCUCAUCAGAAAGAUGGAAAAUUUUAGUAAGAUUUUUGAGUUCUGGGUUUUCUGGGGUUUUGAUUUUUGAGCAAUUUUUCCUUGGAAAUUUUUAUUUUUAAUUAUUUAUUUUUGUGUAUUAUUGGGUAUUGAAGAAAGAACGGUAGCAUUCAAUGUGAUUGUGCAAGCUAAACUUAGCAAGAAUGUGAGAGAAGAUGAGAUUUCGGGAACUGGGUUGGAUGCUCACCUGGGUUUACUGCAUAUAGAAAGAGGGGAUAGGAGUAGAGGUGUCAUGGGGGUUUUGUAUAAGCAUCAGAUUCGCCGGUUAACGAAAAUGAAGAAGUGGUCCGGGGGCUUGUUAAUCGUAGUUCUUGCUAUGAUCUUGGUUUUUCGAUAUUCCAGCAUUGUCAAAAUCGAGCCACCAACACAGGCGCCUAAGCAGUCGGCUGCUGAGUUCUUUGGAAACCAUCCAACAACUAAUGAUUCUGUUAUUGUGGAUUCGGAGAAGAAAGGAGAAAAGCCAUAUAAGAAAUCCCAUUUUGUAGAAGUUGAUGGGCUGGAUGAUCUUUUUGCUUCCCAUGACAUUUUCAAAGAAGGGUCGAGGGCCUUGCUUGUAUGGCCUCACAUGCGUACCCUACUCUCCAGGUCCGAUGCUUUGCCUGAAACAGCUAAAGGGGUUAAAGAGGCCUCCGUUGCGUGGAAAGACUUGUUGUCCGCAAUUGACAAGGACAAGGCUUCCAAAUUAAACAAAAGUGAUAACGAGGAAGACAAAAAUUGCCCUUUCUCUGUAAGUACUUUUGACAAGAUAGAGUCAAGAUAUGAGAAUAUACUUGAUAUCCCUUGUGGCCUCAUUGAUGAUUCUUCCAUUUCUUUGGUUGGCAUUCCUAAUGGGCACUCUAGAAGCUUUCAAAUCCAACUCCUAGGCUCCCAACUUUUAGGAGAGUCUGAGCCUCCUAUUGUCUUGCAUUACAACGUCAGUCUCCCCGGUGAUAACAUGACACAGGAGCCAUUUGUAGUUCAAAAUACAUGGACUCAUGAACUUGGGUGGGGCAAAGAGGAAAGGUGCCCUUCUCACAGGUCUCCUAGCAACCUCAAAGUUGAUGGACUUGUUCUUUGCAAUGAACAAGCUGUGAGAAGCUCGUCGGAAGAAAGUCUAAAUGUGAGUCGGCCUAGUAGGGACAUGUUGACCAAUGUUUCCGGAGGUGCCUAUGAAGGUUCCAAUUUCCCAUUUGUUGAAGGAAAUCCCUUUACCGCCACAUUUUGGGUUGGUUUAGAGGGAUUUCACUUGACUGUGAAUGGAAGGCACGAAACAUCUUUUGCGUAUAGGGAGAAACUUGAGCCAUGGUCGGUUUCCAAAGUCAGAGUGGCCGGUGGUCUGGACCUCUUAUCUGCCUUAGCAAAAGGCUUGCCUGUUUCUGAGGAUCAUGAUUUAGUUGUUGAUGUUGAGCACCUCAGAGCUCCGCCCACUUCGAAGAGAAGACUAUUGAUGUUGGUUGGAGUUUUCUCUACUGGAAAUAAUUUUGAGCGUAGAAUGGCUUUGAGGAGGGCUUGGAUGCAGUACAAGGCUGUGCGUUCUGGAGAUGUAGCUGUCCGGUUUUUCAUCGGCCUUCACAAGAACAGCCAAGUCAAUAUUGAGCUGUGGCGAGAAGCGGAAGCAUAUGGAGAUAUCCAACUGAUGCCAUUUGUUGAUUACUACAGCCUGAUCAGUUUGAAGACAAUUGCAAUUUCUAUUUUUGGAACCAAAAUCCAUCCUGCUAAAUAUAUCAUGAAAACGGAUGAUGAUGCUUUUGUUAGAAUCGAUGAAGUGAUCUCUAGCCUCAAGGGAAAGCCGACCAAAGGUCUCUUGUAUGGUCUAAUAUCCUUCGAAUCUUCACCGGAUAGGGACAAAGGCAGCAAAUGGUUUAUUGAUAACAGGGAAUGGCCAUAUGCUAUGUACCCACCAUGGGCCCAUGGUCCAGGCUACAUAAUCUCUCGGGACAUCGCCAAAUUCAUUGUCCGUAGCCACCAGGAAGGGGAUCUCAAGCUCUUUAAACUAGAGGAUGUUGCAAUGGGAAUCUGGAUUCAACAGCUCAAGUACAGGGGUCAAGAAGUGAAUUAUGUCACAGACGAUAGGUUUUACAAUGCUGGAUGCGAGGCGAAUUAUAUUCUCGCACAUUACCAAAGCCCGAGAUUGGUGUUGUGCCUGUGGGAGAAGCUGCAGAAAGAGCACGAGGCCGUCUGCUGUGAGUAAAAAUGUCAACUUUAGGGGGGGAGUUGGUGGUUUCGGCAACAUUGUGUUGGAUAAAAGUUGUAACUGUACAGAUAUUCUUCAGCCUGAAGAAGUGGGAAAUUUGGACUCAACUUGUUUUUCUUGUUGGAUCAAAUGGUAUUCUUUUGUUGAUUUACAGUAAAGAUUCAGGUGGUUUCCCACAUCUAAGGGCUUUUUGGUUUUUCUUGAUAGAUCAUGUUGACCUCUUCAAUGUCUUCAUAGAUAUUCAUGUACCAAACAAAUUGCCAAGAAGAAUUUACUUAUGCUUA